AUGGACUCUUAUUCAUCUUUCCGGGAUGCCUCGGCUCGUUCGCCGGUUGAUCGCAGCUGGAACCGUGACGAUUCGCGCAACCGUGAUGAACGCCCCGACCGCGGCGACUCUUUCUACCGUGGAAGAUCUCCAGGCCAUGAACGUCGCGACCGUCGCCGAUCUCGCUCACCUGCUACUGUUGACCGCUAUGAGCCCCGGCCUCGUCGAGACGACCGGGACCGUGAUGAUAGACGCCGCAUGUCGCCACCCGCCAAUAUCGAUCGAUAUGUUCCUGGUCAAGAUUCCAACUCAGGUAGCCCGAGUGUGAACCCUCUCCACGACCCGGCCAAGCUUCCUUACCAGGUUGGCUUCUCUUAUUUUGGCGAAUGGUGGAGAAUAAACGAAAAGAUGAAGGAGGAGAAAGAACGAUUGCGCACUGGUCGACGUCGCGAGCCAGAGAGGGCCCGUGUCCCCGAAGAUCGUGAAAAGGAAAAGGCUAAGAUCCAGGCUGCCUAUGAUGCAUACAAGGAGGAGCUCCAGGCCAAGAUGGCUCGUUCAUUCGUUUCCGAGCACAAGAAGGAGCAGUGGUUCAAGGAGCGAUAUGUUCCCGAAAUUCGAGACGAUUUCAGAACAAAGCUGAACGAAUAUCGACGCGGUGCAUACAGUCAGUGGGAGCAGGAUCUCGAGUCUGGUACCUUCGACGACUUCUCUUUGGAGGGACUCCCCAAGAGUGAGAGUAACGGCAGUGGUGGUGUUGUUGAAAAGGAAGAAGGAGAGGCGACAGCCACGAAUGAGAUUCUGGGUGUUGGUGACCUUGUGCCUGCCAACGGUGCAGACAUCCGUGAUGACAACCAGUUUCAGCCAACUCUUUUGAUUAAGACGAUUGCGCCCCAUGUUAGCCGCCAAAACCUCGAGGCGUUCUGUAAAGAACACCUUGGUGAGGAGGAAGGUGGCUUCAAGUGGCUCUCCUUGUCCGAUCCCAACCCCAGCAAACGUUACCACCGUAUUGGAUGGGUUAUGCUUCACCCUUCUUCCGAAACAGUCCUGCCUGCGGACCGUAUUGAUCCCAAAGAUGAGGAUGGCGAUGAGGCCAUCAGAUCUCCCCAGCCAGUGUCUACUGCCGACAAGGCUUUGGAGGCUAUCAACGGAAAGACCGUUAAGGAUGAAGUUAGAGGUGACUUUGUCUGCCACGUUGGUGUUCAUAACCCACCCGUCCAUCCUAGAAAAAAGGCUCUUUGGGAUCUCUUCUCUGCUCCUGAGCGUAUUGAUAAGGACCUUCUGCUUGUGCAGCGAAUCGUCAACAAGUUCGAGGAAGACUUUGGUUCUGAUUUCCAGGCUACUAUAAAAAUUGAGGAGAAGGUCGAAGAUCUUAGAAAUGCAGGCCAACUCCAACCAGCUGUUGUCCCAGCACCUGUCAAGAAGGUUAAGAAGACCCGAGAGGUUGGAAUGGAUGAAGCCAUGGACGAUGAGGAGGACGGCGUCAUUGAUGUCGAGGAAGAGGAAGAGGAGGGCGCCAUUGAGGACGAGGAGGUCGAUGAUGAGGACCUUCUGGUCAAGAAGAAGCAGCUUGACCUCUUGAUUGAGUACUUGCGCCGAGUCUUCAACUUCUGCUUCUUCUGUGUUUUCGAAAGCGACUCCAUUCACGAGCUUACCCGAAAGUGCCCUGGUGGACACUUACGUCGCCCUCGAAGCACCCUUUCGUCUACAGCUAAGGCCGUCGCAAGAGCCAGCGCAAACGGAGAUGCUUUCCCUGGCAAGAAGCGAAGCGAUGAUGACGAGGGCGAGCUUACCGAAGGAGAGAAGAAGUUCCGAAAUACCUCCAACAAGACUGAGCAACAACUCCUUCGGGCUUUUAACUGGGUUAAGACUUUUGAAGAUAAGCUUACCCAGAUCUUGGACCCUCACUCAGUUGAUCUUCGAAAGCUUGGUGGUCGUCCUGCUGAUGAGGCUGUUGAAGAGGAGCUUAUGAAGCACGUAAAGCAAGAGGAUGAGCACAAAUGGCGAUGCAAGGCUCCCGACUGCUCCAAGCUGUUCAAAGAAGAACAUUUCUGGCGUAAGCAUGUCGAGAAGCGUCACGGUGACUGGGUCGAUAGCCUUAGACAAGAGUUUGAACUCAUCAACGCCUAUGUGAUAGACCCAUCGCAUAUCGCGCCAUCUAGAACUGACGCGAACUCAAAUGGCCACUUCCCAACUUCCAAUGGCCAAUCCAGCAGCGGAACACCUCGUGGUUUCAACCUCCAGAACUUUUCCAUGAAUGGUAUGAUGGGUAUGCCUGGGUUCCCCAUGGCUCCUGGUAACUUUAACCCCAUGUUUGGGAACAUGCCAUCCGGAGGAUUCCAUCCCAUGGGCGAUGAGCGAUCCGGUGGAGGUCCCAUUCGCCGAGGAGGUAUGGGUGGUGGCCGAGGCCAGUACCGUUCUGGUCCUUAUGACCGCCGUGGUGGUGGUAACCGUUUCGACGGCGCUCGCAACCGAAAUGGUGGAUCGCGCUGGGGUGACGGUGCUGGAGGAGCCGCUGGAGGUCCUCGAGAAGCUGUCCAGGGCAGAAGCCUAAAGAGCUACGAAGAUCUUGACCAGGCUUCGGGUGGUGGAAGCGGCGAGCUCAACUACUAA